CGCUGAGUCCAGUUAGGUCUAGCGACAGACAGUAACCGUUCAGAGUCUGGAAGAACCGAGCAGCGUCUACAACUCUACUAACUGUGUCACAUUACACAGAGGACGGGUUCAUCUUCACACACCAGGACCAGCUUUGUCCCAUGAGUGAAGAUAUCAGACCAGUCCAAGGACUCCAGGUUUUGUCUCAUCCAGAUUCGGUCAUCUCCAUCCAUUUAGUCUUCUGUCAGUGAAGGCCGGGCCAACGUUUCAAGCUGGACGGAGGAGAGACGAGUGGGGCCGAGGGCCCGGCCUUUGUGCUACGACACAGAACUUCAAACCUCAUCGAACACACGACAGAUACAGCGCCUACAGAUCCCAUGAGUCCCCGGGAGAAUGCAGACACGCCCACCUCAGGUUCUUCAACCAGUCACCUCAGCACCGCAGAGUGCCCCACACACAAUGGGAGCGUCCCAGAGUGCGACGAAGAGAGGAGAAAAACUGAAGAGGAUGACAGAGGAAGAGGAGAGGAGAAGGAGGAAGAGGAUGAAAGGAGCAGUGAUGAAGGCUUCAUGGGGAUGACUCCGCUACUGCAGGCUCACCACGCCAUGGAGAAGAUGGAGGAGUUCGUACACAAGGUGUGGGAGGGCCGGUGGCGUGUCAUACCUCACGACGUGCUCCCCGAUUGGCUGAAGGACAACGACUUCCUGCUCCACGGCCACAGGCCGCCCAUGCCUUCGUUCCGCGCCUGCUUCAAGAGCAUCUUUAGAAUUCACACAGAGACGGGAAACAUCUGGACACAUCUGCUAGGCUGUUUGUUUUUCCUCUGCCUGGGUCUGAUGUACAUGUUCAGGCCCAACAUGUCGUUCGUGGCUCCGGUCCAGGAGAAGGUGGUGAUCGGGAUGUUUUUCCUGGGAGCCAUCCUCUGCCUCUCCUUCUCCUGGCUCUUCCACACAGUCUACUGCCACUCUGAGGGCGUCUCCAGAGUCUUCUCCAAGUUGGACUACAGCGGGAUCGCCUUCCUGAUCAUGGGCUCAUUCGUCCCGUGGUUGUACUACUCCUUCUACUGCUCCCCUCAGCCCUGCUUCAUCUACCUGUUCGUGGUGUGCAUACUGGGACUGGCCGCCAUCACUGUCUCCCAGUGUGACUUCUUCGCCACGCCGCAGUACAGAGGAGUCAGAGCAGGAGUGUUUGUAGGUCUGGGUCUGAGCGGCGUGGUCCCCACCCUGCACUUUGUCAUCAGCGAGGGUCUGAUCAAAGCCACCACCAUGGGCCAGAUGGGCUGGCUGCUGCUCAUGGCGACGCUUUACAUCACUGGAGCCUGUCUGUACGCCGCCCGCAUCCCCGAGAGGUUCUUCCCCGGCAAGUGUGACAUCUGGUUCCACUCCCACCAGCUGUUCCACAUCUUGGUGGUCGCAGGGGCUUUCGUUCAUUUCCACGGCGUCUCCAACCUGCAGGAGUUCCGCCACAAGGCAGGAGGAGGCUGCGCCGAGGACGGCACUCUCUAACGCACACACACUUUGACUCAGUCAUUCACUCACACACAUCUUUCGGGGAGGCACUGGUUCUAACAGUAUGCACAGAAUUACACACACACACACACACACAUAAAACCUAAGACGCACGCUCUCCCCCCUAAACUGAAGGCCGACGCGGCGUGUGCGGUGUGUGUCUGUGUGCGUAAUACACAGGACGGCCUCCCAGGGGGCGCGACUAAAACUGACUGACGAGGGGUGUUUUUGUUUUCUCUCUGUCCCUCUGUCUUUCUGUCUGUCCAUCCCCACCUCCUCUGGCUCUGUCGCUUCAACUCUAAAACUUCCAAGACGGCGGGUUUUAUAAAGCAGUUUCUGAGACUCUCCAGGAAGUAUCUCUCGUUUGUUCUGCGGGGAGGCGUUCAAACACCUCCCUUCAAUAAUGCUACGUUUUCUUCUGUGUUGAGUUCCGACAUUUAAGAGUUUAUUGGUUUGAUUUGAAACGAAAGCAGAAUUGUGGCUUUGACAAUAAAAACAUUUGGGGGUGUGUUUUUUUUUUUGCUGAAUGAUGUUUUCUAAGUCACACUUUAGAUCAUUCAGUUAUGACAAAAAGAAAAAGAUGGAGUGGAUUUCUUCCAUGGUUGUGGAGGCUGCAGGGGGAGAUGUUGGGAUCUGGGGUGGGCGGAGGGUUAAUAGUCACUUUUAAAUGAGAAAAAAAAAAAACUUUUCCAUGUAAAUAAGAUUUCUAAAUUUUGGGUUAUAGAUUUGUAUGAAAUAUAUAUGAAAAAAAAGAACAAAAAAAAUGUUAUGAUGGCAAGAAUAAAUAAAUAUGUUAGAUGAUGAGUCAACUGAAGAUGAGGAGGGGAGGAGUGCAACAUGUGGUCUGUAUGUGCAAGGACUACAGGUGGAGGCAAGGAGGAAAUACACAGCACAACAUCUGAUCUUACCAAACAAACAGCGACUUCUGGUGUUUCGUCUUCAGUGCAGGCAACACAGAGUCACUUCUCCGACCUAAAAAGUUUUUCCACUUUUGUGUCGACGCUUGCCCUCGUGUGUGUCUGGCGUCACAGAGCCGCAGCACAGAUCUCAAAUCAGGCCUCGUGAAUUUAACAUUUGUGCUUAAAACCAAAUCUAAAAUCAAGAAUUUGAUCAAUAAAUAAAUAACAUGUAGCCAUUUUCAUUUUUCUCUGUACUGUAAAUUAAAGAUAAUUUCCAUGUCACCAAUAUAAGUUUAUUCUUUUCUACGACAUGCCCUUAAAUAAUUUGUAAAAACAAAUCAAGGAUGACUUGAAGAUAUUUUUUAUAAACGAGGCCCCAAAUGCAGUUCAUCAUCGUCAUCGUCCUCCUCCUUUGGACACUUUGUCUGAAAACAUGUUUUUCUUUCUGAUUGGAUUGUAUUUUAAUUUAUCCACUGCAGCUUUAAUUUCUCUCUUUUUUUUCCUUCUCUGUUAUUUACGACUGUUUUCUCUCAUUUAGCCACAGAUCAUCUGAGGUCAGGGUGCAGAGGCCAAAGUCUCUCUCUGCACUGACCAAAGCAAAAAAAUAAAAAAAACAAGUCUGAAGAUCUGACAAAGUGAACGACUUUAAGGGCACAUGAACCACCUCAGAUGUGGAGACUUCACUUGGAGAUUUAAAAAACAAAGUGAACUUUUUAAAAGAUGUGUUUCCUGGUAAAAACCAAAAUCUGGCUCCAGCACAAUGGAAACUCUUAAAUUCUGAGCGGAUCAUAAACUGUACGUCUAUGAUUGUUUGAGAUUAAGGUUUGCAAGUUUCUAUUUGAUGGCAGCUUUUUUUCUGAACAGGAAUUUGAACACAACUUUUUCUUUUCUUUAUUUUCUGUUUUUAUUUUAUCUAGUUUAUAUUAAUUUAUUUCUCUUGGGGAGCGCAUAUUGUCUGUUGAAGCACACGUUCCGUUCUGAUGGGAGUGUUUGAUUGCAAUAGACCUUUAUAUCUGCUGUAUUGUUCUAAUAAAAAGGUUUUUUGAAUCGG